AUGUUCCUGGUGGGCUUGUCCGGCGGGAUCGGCUCCGGAAAGAGCACCGUGGUGCAGGUGUUCCGGGAGCUGGGCUGCGCUGUGAUAGACGCCGACGUCUUGGCCCGCCAAGUGGUGGAGCCGGGCCGUCCGGCCUAUGAACGCAUCGUGCGGGCCUUCGGGCCCGAGAUCCUGCUGGACGACGGCCGGCUCGACCGUCGGGCCCUGGGGGACAUCGUCUUCUCACAGCCCAGCAAACGGGCCCGGCUCAACCGCAUCACCCAUCCCGAGAUCCGGAAGCUGAUGAUCAAGGAGAUCCUGAAAUUCCUGGUGCUGGGGUACCGCUAUGUGAUUUUGGACAUCCCCCUCUUGUUCGAGACACAAACCCUCUUGCGGUUCAUGAAACACACCAUCGUAGUCUACUGCGACCCCCAGGCCCAGCUGAGGCGGGUGACGCUGAGGGACCGACUGUCCCCGGGGCAGGCGGAGGCGCGUAUCACAGCGCAGCUGCCCCUGGACGAGAAGCGGCGGCUGGCCCGGCACGUGGUGGACAACUCCGGGGACCGCGAAGCCACGAGGCGUCAAGUCCUCCGCCUGCACGCCCAGCUGGAGGGGUCCCUGGAUUUCCUGCCCCUGCGACUGGUCCUGCUGGGCCUACUGGGAGGCCUCGGCUACUUACUGGCCCGCCAGCUCCUCUCCUAGCCCCC